GUUAGUUUUUAAAUAGCGAAAUCAUUUAAUUUCAAUUUGUCGACAAUCAGUUCGUAUUGAUUGUGCAUUUAUUAAAUAAUAGACAAUCAUAAAAUACAAAGUAUUGUGACAAUUGCAGAAAGGGUAUUCAAGUUUCGCUAAGCUACUUUCAACUUCACUUUCCUAUCUAAUUAUAGGAUUUGAAAAACUGUUAUGGAAAUCGGACAGCUGCCGAAUUGUCAAAAUUCUUGCAAUUUCACUAAUUGAGUUGACUAUAAAAGACCAGAUACUUCAUAGCUCAGGUAACAGUUUGUCAAGAUGGCGAAGGAAGCAUUCUUCAAGUAUAUCAAGCCAGCACCGGAGACUCAGAAGGUUACAUCUCGAGAUGGAUGCAUUUAUAUGUAUCGUCUGAUGAAGUUCAUUGGCUGGAUUCCACCUAAGACAGGUCCAAUUUUCUUGAGAGGUCUCUACUAUUUCUACAGCGUUUUAACCUACACACUUGGAGUUGUUUAUCUGCCUUUGGGAUUCGCUCUCAGCUACAUAAAGGAGUUCGACAAUUUUACACCCGAUGAGUUCCUCACUUCGUUGCAGGUGGCCAUCAAUACUUUUGGAGGAACAGUAAAGUGUAGCAUUACCUAUAUUAAUUUAUGGCGCCUUCGUAAAGUCGAAAUUAUAUUAAAUGAGCUGGACAAACGUAUCGAGACGGAUGUGGCUCGUAAGAAAAUGCAUGAGUCAAUAUCCCUAAGCAACUAUAUAUUCCUGAUCUUUACAAUACUUUACAACGGUUAUGCUGGAUCCACAUUUCUAUCUUAUUUGGCCAGUGGCAGACCACCUUGGUCGUUGUACAAUCCCUUGAUAGAUUGGCAUGAAAGUCUACUAAAUCUAGUAGUACAAGCAACCUUCGAAUACAUCGUGAUGACCUUUGCUGUAAUACAACAUCAGCUAUCUGACACUUAUCUGGUAGUGUUUAUUAUUUUGAUUCGAGGCCAUUUUAAUCUUUUAAUGGAUCGUGUUCAAAAUCUACGCACCGACCCUAGUAAGACAGACGAAGAAAACUACGAGGAUCUGGUUAACUGCGUUAAGGAUCACAAAAAGAUUUUAGAAUGCUGCAAAAUACUUCGUCCAAUGAUUUCAGGCACUAUUUUUGUACAGUUUGGUUUAAUUGGGUCUGUCUUGGGAUUGACAUUAAUUAACAUAUUCUUUUUCUCCAAUUUGUGGCGUGGGAUGGCCUGUUGUUUGUUUGUUGUUGCUGUGUUAAGUGAGACAUUUCCCUUCUGCUAUAAUUGUAACUUACUAAUUGACGAAUGCCAGGAGCUUGGAGUUCGUAUAUUCCAGUCAAAUUGGACCGAUGCUCCGGCCCGAUAUAAAAGCACUCUGAUUCAAUUUAUGCAUCAUGUCCAGCAGCCAAUCAUGUUCAUUGCUGGCGGAAUUAUUCCUAUUACCAUGAACAGUAAUAUCACAGUGGCGAAAUUCGCAUUUAGCAUUAUUACCAUAGUGAAGGAGAUGAAUCUCGCAGAACAAUUUAAAUAAAAUAAUAAUAUUGUACCUAUUAUAUAAGUAAAUUAAUAUAUUUUCGCAUAAGACUUAGAAGCUCAAUAAAUACUCACGCUUUUUUUUUUUAGUAGACAGCACAAUUAUAUUUUUUAAUUAUCUUAUUUUAAUUUCAAAAUGGUUGAUGGGCAAGAAUGUCAUUGUGAAUGACAACUUUGGAGCAUUUGAACUACCAAUUAUGUAUCAGCGUAUAACAAAUUGCAACAAUUUUUUUAUCACAGAAAAUGACAGGACAUUUUUUUCUACCGAACAAAAACUUUAACCGAGUUAUUUAAACAAAAAAAUGCACCAAUAAAUUGGUAGUGACUUUGUGGGACCUCCAUUUCAUUCCACUAAAUAUACUUUUUAACACCAUAAUCUAGAAGUAAAAUCAUAUUUUGAAAUUAUGGUCACACUGCGAGCCGCAGCUGUUGAUGGACAACGGGCAGAGCAAAAGCUAUUGUGAAUUCCAUCAGCAAAUUAAAUUUACCAAGUGCUUUUAGUGUAAAAAAUCUUUUAGUGUAUAUAUUUUUGUACAACAACAAAAGAAA